CCGCCUCUGCCGCCUCCCAGUUCUCAGCCCUUUCUCUCCAGAACCCGUCUCCUUCCCGAAGGUGUGAAAAGGCUUUUCAGCCCUCCUUCUCUCUUCUCCCCUCCUCCGCCGCCUCCUCCCCCGCUCGCUCGGGUGCCCCUUUAGAGGAGCCCUCCUUUUCCUCUCCUCCUCCUCCCCCUACCCCCCCCCCCCAUCAUCAUCAUAACAACCAUCUCCGCACUAAGAAGACACCCUGACCCAGGACCUUAAACGUUAGGACCUGGGGAAGAGGAAAGGGAAAGGAGUAAAGAGAAAGGAAGACUAGGAGAACACUGCAAGGCAAAGCACCAGAAACUUUCCACCCUGGAUUCUCUACUUUUGCUCCAUGGACAGAGCCCCAGCCAGCCAAGUUACAGAAAAACCGUGAGCAACAGCAAGGCCGUUGUACCCGAGAAUGGUUUAUGCCAACCCUGUCCCAAUGAAUGGACUACUUCUGGGCGCCCCGGGCGAGAGGCCGGACGUCGUCACCGAGGGCUCUCUUGGGGAGCAGCGAAUGGGCAGAGUCUCAACACCCCAAGUUCUGGGCUUCCUUUGAGCCGCCCAGUGUCCCUGCGCGUUUUAUUGCGACCUGCCGGUGGGAACUUUGUCUCCGAGUCGGAGCAGCAUGGAGCGGCGGAGCGAGAGCCCGUGUCUGCGGGACAGCCCCGACCGGCGGAGCGGCAGCCCCGACGUCAAGGGGCCUCCCCCGGUGAAGGUGGCCCGGCUGGAGCAGAACGGCAGCCCCAUGGGAGCCCGCGGGAGGCCCAACGGCGCCGUGGCCAAGGCCGUGGGAGGUUUGAUGAUUCCUGUCUUUUGUGUGGUGGAGCAGUUGGACGGUUCUCUUGAAUAUGACAACAGGGAAGAACAUGCUGAGUUUGUCCUGGUUCGAAAAGACGUGCUUUUCAGCCAGCUGGUGGAGACCGCGCUUCUGGCCCUGGGGUACUCCCACAGCUCCGCGGCGCAAGCACAAGGAAUAAUCAAGCUGGGGCGGUGGAACCCUCUCCCCCUCAGUUAUGUGACAGAUGCACCCGACGCGACAGUGGCCGACAUGCUGCAAGAUGUCUAUCACGUUGUGACGUUGAAAAUCCAAUUACAAAGUUGUUCGAAGUUGGAAGACUUGCCUGCGGAGCAGUGGAACCAUGCCACGGUCCGCAAUGCCUUAAAGGAACUGCUCAAAGAGAUGAACCAGAGCACAUUAGCCAAAGAAUGCCCUCUCUCCCAGAGUAUGAUUUCAUCCAUUGUAAAUAGCACAUAUUAUGCCAACGUGUCAGCAACCAAGUGCCAGGAGUUUGGGAGAUGGUAUAAGAAGUACAAGAAGAUUAAAGUGGAAAGAGUGGAACGAGAAAACCUUUCAGACUAUUGUGUUCUGGGCCAGCGUCCAAUGCAUUUACCAAAUAUGAACCAGCUGGCAUCCCUGGGGAAAUCCAACGAACAAUCUCCUCAUAGCCAAAUCCACCACAGUACUCCAAUCCGAAACCAAGUGCCCGCGUUACAGCCCAUCAUGAGCCCUGGUCUUCUUUCUCCCCAACUCAGUCCGCAGCUUGUCAGGCAACAAAUAGCCAUGGCCCAUCUGAUAAACCAACAGAUUGCCGUUAGCCGGCUCCUGGCCCACCAGCAUCCUCAAGCCAUCAACCAGCAGUUCCUGAACCAUCCACCCAUUCCCAGAGCAGUCAAGCCGGAGCCCACCAACUCCUCUGUGGAAGUGUCUCCAGAUAUCUACCAGCAAGUCAGAGAUGAGCUGAAGAGGGCUAGUGUGUCCCAAGCUGUCUUUGCAAGAGUGGCUUUCAACCGCACACAGGGAUUGUUGUCUGAGAUUCUGCGUAAGGAAGAAGACCCUCGGACAGCGUCUCAGUCUCUUUUAGUAAACCUGCGGGCCAUGCAGAAUUUCCUCAAUCUGCCCGAAGUGGAGCGGGAUCGCAUAUACCAGGACGAGCGAGAGCGGAGCAUGAACCCCAAUGUGAGCAUGGUCUCGUCGGCCUCCAGCAGCCCCAGCUCCUCCCGAACCCCUCAGGCCAAAACCUCGACACCGACAACAGACCUCCCCAUUAAGGUGGACGGCGCCAACGUCAACAUCACAGCUGCCAUUUAUGACGAGAUCCAACAGGAGAUGAAAAGGGCCAAGGUGUCUCAAGCCCUGUUUGCCAAAGUGGCUGCAAAUAAAAGUCAGGGCUGGCUGUGUGAACUGCUCCGCUGGAAGGAGAACCCCAGCCCAGAAAACCGCACCCUCUGGGAGAACCUCUGUACCAUCCGUCGCUUCCUGAACCUUCCCCAGCACGAGAGGGAUGUGAUUUACGAGGAGGAAUCAAGGCAUCAUCACAGUGAGCGCAUGCAACAUGUGGUCCAGCUUCCCCCUGAGCCGGUGCAGGUCCUUCAUCGGCAGCAGUCUCAGCCAGCCAAGGAGAGCUCCCCUCCCAGAGAAGAAGCGCCUCCCCCGCCUCCGCCGACUGAAGACAGCUGUGCCAAAAAGCCCCGGUCUCGCACAAAGAUCUCUUUGGAAGCUCUCGGGAUCCUCCAAAGCUUCAUUCAUGAUGUGGGCCUGUACCCCGACCAGGAAGCGAUCCACACGCUUUCUGCUCAGCUGGAUCUCCCCAAACACACCAUCAUCAAGUUCUUCCAGAACCAGCGGUACCACGUGAAGCACCAUGGGAAGCUCAAGGAGCACCUGGGCUCGGCGGUGGACGUGGCCGAGUAUAAGGACGAGGAGCUGCUGACGGAGUCUGAGGAGAAUGACAGUGAGGAAGGCUCGGAGGAGAUGUACAAAGUGGAGGCUGAGGAGGAAAAUGCUGAGAAGAGCAAGGCCGCGCCUGCCGAGAUCGACCAGAGAUAAUGUGAACUCCUACCAGGCAAAGCAAUACAUCGGUCCAAGGAUUUUCUGUUUUAGUUUCUUUAAAAACUUAUUUUUUUGCUUUAUUUUAUUUUUGUCUUUUUUUUUUUUUGGUCUGUUUUGUUUUUCUUACCUUUUUUGAUAUUUCUUUGUUGCACAGGAUACACCUGUAGACUGAAUGAGUUCAGUAUUUCCGAAUCAGACAUCGCCUUGGCAAAGACACUAAAGUGUUACGCUUUUACAACUGACUGGAUCAUAGUAAUUAAAAUCACGGGAGACUCUGCCUUCAUUUUCCUCGCACUCAUGGAAGAGACACCGGGCAAGUUCCAGGAUGAGAAGACCUACAAAGUAAAUGAAGGAAGCUACAAGUGUGUGUGUAUAUGUAUAUGUAUAUAUCUAUAUAUUUACAUAUAUAUAUUAAAUUGCAUGGGACAGAGAACUUUACAAUCCGAAAGAAUAGACUGUGAAAUGAGUUCUUAAAGAAGAGACUUGUUUAUGUAUUAAAAAAAAAACCACUUCACAGUGAGUCGCUUUGGCUUUUUGAUAAACUGCGGCCUGCUCUCAGGGUGGGGUGACUAUUUUUGAAUUCCUAUUUAUUUUCUGUAUUUGUCCCUGAUUUUUUUUUAAUUCUAUGGCUUCCUAUCUGGCAGCUUGAUGGGUAAUUUUUGAGGUAUGUAUUUAACAAAAUAAAUCAACACUGCCAAAAAAAAAAUGAAUGAAAGAAAGAAGAAAGUAAAGUGAAAAAAAAAUCAGGGCACCUUAAAAUGAUACAAGUCAAAUUAAUCUUAAAGACACAAUGCACACUUAAAAUGAUUCAAUGUGUCCGUUAUUCAACUUGUCAUUACUGUAGUGAACAGAUGAAUUUCUGUGGAAUUCCAAAUGAGUCAAACUGAAAUUCAGUACAGAGAAAACUUGUCCAUUAGUGCAGUCUCGCUAAAAUGACAUUUUGACAUUGGACGUAUGGAAUUCAUAGUGUGAGCCACAUUUUAUUGUGAAAUUUAUUUACCUGCUCGUGGCUUCAAAUCUUGAAAUUAAUAAGCCUGCUCAUUUUAAAGUUGUUUAUUGUUGCUGUUUUCUUUUUCUUUUUUUUUUUAAUAGAAAAUAGUUCAAUGUAAUGUUAAGUUAGAGAAGAAGUUGCUGCCCAGUUAAUGGGGCUCCCUCUCAAAUCAAUCUCAUUCCCUCCGUCUCCCGAAAGACGUUUCUCAUGUCUGUUUCACUCUGGGCUUCCUCUUCUCCGCACACCUCCCAUCCACCUAACCAGACAUUUUUGGUCCCUGCUCUCACGAGCCUCACCCCUUCCCUGGUCUAGGGGCAGCCCUAACAGGAACCUGGUUUUGAAUCAUUGUGCAGCUCUGGGCAAUAGAGUAAGCGAAGCAGUUUCAGUGGAAUCACCUACUCAUCAUAAACGGAAACAUUUUCCCAGUUACCUACAUAGCAAUUACCUUACGUAAAGCAGAACUAAUGCCGUCUGGCUGUUGAGUGGAAUGAGCAUUAAAGCUGCACAUCUACUAUAGUCCUCCCAGCCACCCCUGGCUUCCCAGCAGGAGCACCAGUAGCCUCCCUUCCCACAUCCACUCCUAGUCAUUGCAAGAGGAGACCUCACCUCCAGGACUGGCCGAGAGAACCGAAUCCAUGCUUCAAGGUGGCUGCCAAACACUCCACGCAGUUGGAUCUUUGUUUUGUUUUGUUUUGUUUUGAGUUGUGCUCUCAUGCAACCUUGUCAAAGACCUCAUGCAAUAUCACUUUGAAAGUUAUUUUCUGUUUACUACACAAACAUUGUAAUAUAACUGUUAAUACUAUUUAUAUAUUUGAAAGGUAUAAAAGGUCGGAGUUAAAAAAAAAAACCUCUAUGUGUAGAUAAUAACUCAGAACUUACCAUUUA